GACACGGAAAUGGUGCGAGUCAAGACGUUUCGGCGGUGUGCUAGUUGGCAAGUCAUUGCGUCUCCGAGGUCCGCUCCGGCGCUGUUUGAGCGCAAUGUUCUUUCGGCGGCUUGCUAGCAGCGGCCAGCCUCAUCUUCUGAUUCUACAUAGUGUCAUUGCGCGCAAAUCAUCAAGUCUCACCAGUAUCGCGUCAGUCGAUUGUCCUCCCGAAGGCAAAGUUUGGGUCGCUUACCGGGAGCCAAACUGGCUUCAAAUCGGCGCGUUUUGUGUGUCCUCGCGUACAAGUUCGUUCCAGCAUCAUGCUGGAACGUGCAACGCUGGAGGAGAUGAAGCUCGCAGGUUCUCACGGACCACGAGGGGAAGACAAGGGCAAAUACAAGGCGUCAUUGAACCUCGGUGUCACUCUUGCUGCAAGAUUGGAUGGAUCUUGCUUUGAAGCGGACUGGCCAGUGCAAUUUCGAUGUGUUUGGGAAUGCCUGCCGCGAGUCGUAAGAACUGAUCAAGAUGUUCAGGUACCCGCGCAAAGAUUGGGCGGUAACGAGCGGAAUGGCAAGCAUGGAUGAGCUUGUUACGACAACUGUCCGGUCGGGUGAUUGUUAU